AAUCCGGUCGGGUAGUGCAGUCCACUGGCGGACUGACAAGAUUUGAUCAUAACGGAAGAGAAAGAGAGAGAGAGAGAGAGAGAGAGAGAGAGAGAGAGAGAGAGAGAGAAAGCACAAACCAUUAUCAUCCUUCUCGUUGGACAAAGAAAUGAGAGGAACUAUACUACUGUGUUACGCGUGCUCGCUGCUGAUCAGCGUUCAAUCCCUCGGCAGAUAUCGAGGCCUCGAAUUUCUAGAACCAUGCUCCAGGCAUGAUCCAAAACUGGAGGCCUGUCUGGCGAAGACGGCCAACGUAUUAGUCGAGCGCUUCAGACAAGGUUUACCGCAAUUGGGUUAUCCAGAAGUGGAACCAAUUAUUCUAGAUGAAUUGCACAUUUCGCUUGGUGGCGGUCCGGACGGUUAUCGAGGGCAAUUCAAAAAUAUUACCGCAAGAGGAGUCUCUACCCUGAGAAUAAAUGGUCUCAGAACAAGACUGAGCGACGACGAGGUGCAGUUGCAACUGGCUUUAAGCAUACCGAAAAUAAGAGCUGCUGCCAGAUAUCGGUCCAGUGGAACUUUGAUUUUGGUUCAAGCCUCUGGCGCAGGCGAUUACUGGGGCGAAUAUGAGGGUGUUAAGGCCAAGGUUUUCAUCAGGGCCAAGCCAUUUUUGGUUGAAGGUCGUCGUUAUCUUAGGUUGCAACAACUGAAAAUGGACUUUAGCGUGCAAAAUAUCAAGAUGGGAGUCGAAAAUGUGCGCGAUACCAAUAGCAUAUUGCUGGCGGCGUUGAAUCUCUUCAUCAAUACCAACAGCCAGGAACUUUUGAAAGAAAUGAAGCCGGAUCUAAGAAGAAAGCUGGUGCAGGUGAUGUCGACUUUUGUAGAGAAACUUUUCGCUCAGGUGCCGUAUGACGCCUGGAUUGCCGAUUAAACGAUUGACGGAUAAUUGUUGAAAGCAAAGAUCGUCACCGCGUAAUCGGUGCACUUUUGAAGCGAGGCUCCAGGCAAAGAGAAAAAAGAAUUCCCCUUCGUGGAAGUCGUGUGUUUUCGCGACAUAACGAAGAGAUCUCUUUAAUAAAAAUUACAAUGGAAAUACCGGAUGACGAAUGUGUCGCGCGAGAGGUAAUGAUUAUUCUUAGGUAAUAUCUCUGUGGGUCGAAAAAAAUUAAGGCGCGUGACAAUAAGCGUUCUUUCUAAUCUCACAUGAAUUGCUUCUACAAAGGUCGUUUGCAUAUACACGAUACAGGGUAUUUUAUAAGAUCCGCGUGUCUCUCUUUCAAGCAAAUAUCCUCGAAAAUAUUGAAUCUGUUUCCCUUGUAAAAGCCUUAUUCUAGUAUAAUUAUGAUAUUUGCAUAGAAAAUCAAAGUAAGUUUAAUUGUAAGCUUCAAAGAUACGCAAAUAAUUUUAGAUAGAAUAUCAAUCGCGAUGAUUUGUAAUCAAUGCUUUCUUGCUGCGUUAUUUAUAAUGAUUUCUUAUUUAUUUUAUCUUUGCUUUAUUAGCGAUAUUGAAAUGUAUUAAGGAUUAAUCACUUGAAAUGUUUUGCAUCAUAGCGUAUAAGUAAUAGUCUGUUUAAAUUAUUUAAAUAUAUGUGUGUAUAUAUAUAUAUAUAUAUAUAUAUAUAUAUAUCCUUUCAUUAUAAUUUCAAACACAAUAUAUACACAAGCAAUUAAUCAGAAUAAAUAAGAUUUGCCGAAAAAAAAUUAUAAUUACAGGUAUACAUAUAUAUUUUACGUAAAUAUAUUUUAUUAAUCUUCUUCUUUUAAUAAUGUUAAAUAUUUUAACAAUAUCAAAAAAAGAAAAUUAUAAUAUUUGUUAUUUAUUAAAACAAUGUCGAGUGUUCAGUCAAGUUUUUAUUUUAAAAUAAACUACAUCAUUUUAGUUUUUAUUCGUCUCUAUUUUUUUUUAUUUCUAAGUCUUAUUUUAUAAAUAGUUCUAAAUAAAUUGUUGGAAUUUAAAUAUUAUUUAGAAGUAAUUUUAAUUAUUAGAUUACGUGUAAUUAAUCGUUCACAGAAUUUGCGACAAUGCAUGAUGGCUAUUAUUCUAUAAAAGUUUGCUGUAAUUUGUACAGAGCUAAUUGAAUACAUAAUUCGUAAUUCGGUGAUGCAUUUUUCCGCUUUACUUAGCAAAGUUGCGUCAUGUAAAUUCCACAUGCGUGAGUGUUAUGCCACUCGACACGCGUGACACCAAUGUGAUAAAUGAAUAUCUAUGAUGAAUUCUAAACUAUUAGGUAAUAAAAAAAAAUGAAACUUUUUUCAACAUUGCAUAUGCAAAUAUUUCUUUAAAUUAAGAUAAAUUAAAACUCACAAAUUAUCAUUGAGUAAAUAUAGAAUAAUCAAAAUUAAAGUUUUAAUGAGCAAGAAAAGAAAAAAAUACAGGAAAAAACGCUUAUAUUCAUGAUAAUAAAUUAGGAUAUUUACGUAAGCACGUGCAUUUUAUAAUUUAUUACUUAUCACAAAUCAUUAUGGCG